AUGGGGAAUGCAGUCAGAGGCUAUAAAGGUGCUGCAAAUGACAAUACCCCCAGUUCUCUCUUUGCUGAAGCCAUGAGUGCACAUUUCAGUGCCCAACAGGUCGUAGAUCUAAUUUUUUCAGAUGUCCAGGAGGAACAAGAGAACAAUGAUUUAGAAGAGGAGGAGGUAUCUGAAGAAGAAGAUGGGGAAGAAUACAACCCAGAGCACGAUGCAUCAUCUUCAGAUGAAGAAGAAAUCCCCCAAGCUGAAAGAGAGACAUUUUUGUCAAAGAACAGCAAAAUAACAUGGUCCUUGUCACCAUAUAACAACCAGGGCAGGAUGACAGCACAAAAUGUCAUAAGAAUGACCCCAGGGCCCACAAGACAUGCAGUUGCCCAUGCCCAGGACAUCGCCUCAACAUUCUACAUGUUCAUCACACCAGCCAUCGAAAAAAUAAUCCUAGAGAUGACAAAUUUGGAGGGUUUAUGUAAAUAUGGAGACAACUGGAAAAGGAUGGAUGAGAUUGACCUGCGUGCCUACAUAGGGCUGCUAAUCUUAGCGGUUGUGUAUAGGUCCCGAGGCGAGGCUACAUGUAGUCUCUGGGAUGCAGAGACUGGAAGGGCGAUUUUCCGUGCCACGAUGCCACUGAAAGUCUUUCACACUUUCUCAAGAAUGCUGCGAUUUGAUAACCGUGAGUCAAGACCUGCAAGACGUAUGAGAGACAAACUGGCGGCCAUAAGAGAGGUCUGGGAGAAGUGGGUGGAGCAUCUGCCAUACCUCUACAACCCUGGGCCUGAAGUAACAGUAGAUGAGCAACUGGUUCCAUUCAGAGGUCGCUGUCCUUUCCGGCAGUAUAUACCCAACAAGCCAGCAAAGUAUGGCAUCAAGAUAUGGGUGGCCUGUGAUGCACAAUCCAGCUACGCUUGGAAGAUGCAAAUCUACACAGGGAAGCCGACCAGUGGAGGCCUGGAGAAGAACCAGGGGAUGCGGGUUGUGCUUGAUGUGACAGAUGGACUGAGGAGGCACAAUGUCAUGUGUGACAAUUUCUUCACCUCUUAUGAACUCAGCCAGCAGCUCCUGAGGAGGAAGAUCACCAUGGUUGGCACAGUUAGAAAGAACGAGCCUGAGAUCCCCCCUGCACUCCUCACAACAAGGGGGAGAGAGGCCUUCUCAUCAAAGUUUGCCUUCACCCCCACCACCAUUCUAGUUUCUUACCUUCCAAAGAGGAAAAAAAAUGUGGUCCUCCUGAGCACACUGCACAAAAUGGCUGAGAUAAAUGAUCGUGAGGACAGGAAGCUAGCCAUCAUCCUGGACUACAACCACAACAAAGGAGGCGUGGACAACCUGGACAAGGUGAUUGGAACUUACAGCUGCAAGAGGAUGACUGCCCGCUGGCCCCUGGUCAUCUUCCAUAACAUCAUUGAUGUGUCCUUAUACAAUGUCUUCGUGAUAUGGAACAAGAUCAACACUGCCUGGAUGCCUGAUAAGCAGAACAAGAGGAGGGUGUUCCUGGAGCAGCUGGGAAACUCACUUGUAACCCCACACAUUCAAAGAAGAGAGCGCCUCCCCCGCACAGCAGCCUCUGCAGUGCUUGUGAAAGCUGUUCAGGGGGCUGAAUCUUGUCCUGAUCCACCUGAGGCUGCAGCUGGGGCAGGUUCGUUGGAGGAGGAAGAUAAAGUGCUGAAAGCUGGGCGUCUGUCACACACUGCACCCCAACCUGCGUUGGAAGCAUCCAUGGUCACCACUUUCUGCCUGAAAAUCUGCCCCAGCAUGACACCUGGUGGUAGAGGGCAGAAGCUGUCCAAGGUGCUAAAGCAGCUAGACAGCGGCGAGAUAUAG